AUGCAUAUCAUCAACAUCGUUAUCUGGGCCCUCCCAGCGGCAUUCGCUCUGCCGAAUCCCGCUUUGGAAGAACGACAAUUGUCUUACCAGCAGGGUGCAGUCUACCACCACAACCUCCACAGAGCCAACCACAGCGCCCCCAACCUCGUAUGGGACACCACCAUCGCGGCGACCGCCAUGAAAAUCGCCAAAACCUGCAACUUCGCCCACCAAAUGGACAUCGACGCCGGCGGCUACGGCCAAAACCUCGCGGCCGGCAUCCCGGCCACCAACAUAACCUACGUCGUCACAGACAUGUGGUACAACAGCGAAGUCAACGCGUACCUCCCCAGCUACUACGGGAGCGAGCCGUCCAGCAGCGAAUUCGGGAAGUACGGCCAUUUCAGCCAGGUGGUGUGGAAGGGGACGACGCGGCUGGGGUGCGCGACGAAGGAUUGUAGUGUUGAUGGGUUGAAGGGCGUGGGGAGGGGUGUGCCGCCGGUUUUGACGGUUUGUAAUUAUAAGGGGCCUGGGAAUUAUUUGGGACAAUUUAAGGAUAAUGUCCUUAGGCCGCUGAAUCGGCCUACGGUGAAUUGGUCGGCUGUGCCUUGA